UCCCGCGGACUUUUUUUGACAUGGCUCUAUGGCUUCAUUAUUUUGACAUUUCGAUGUCAAGCGCUACGUAUUUCUUUGGAAAAGGCCUUUUUUCAAUCGUUUUUCGCAAUUUCUCUCCUUUCUUCUUACGAAUAAAAGCGUAGGGAGAUAAGCUCGACAAACGGUUUAGUGAAAUUCGCAUACGGGACCGAGAAAUACGUCCACAGCCAUGUGACACGAAUACGAAAAACUGCUUCCAUACCGUCAAUGUGACAGAGAUGUUUUCUGCCAUCGCGACGAGUGAACGCCACCGCGGAGACGAAACGGCCACGACGCGAGCUACCCGGACGGCGAUAUAGGGCAAGCGCGUCAAAAAUGUGCGCGAGAUGGCCAGUCCGCCUCCGAACCCUAGAGCUGGCGGGGACGACGGCGGCGGGCGGGGCGCGGACGAGGAGUCCCCGCCCGCCGCGCCGAAGACGGUCCUAGCGCCACCGCCGCCGCCGCCGCCGCCGCCGCACCCGCCGCACGCGCCACACCCGCCGCACCCGCCGCACGGCUCGCAUGGCACCAAGCUGCACUACGUGGCGCUAGCCGCGCCCGGGCCCAGUGGCAUCAAGCAGUGCUUUCGCACCGUGAAGGCGGCGCGUCGCGUGCCUACCCUGCCGCGGCGACGCGACGACCCCGCCGCGCCCGAGCCGCCGCCCGAGCCGCGCGAGCGCCGCGCGCGCCGUGACCGCUCCAAGCGCCACGUCUGCGGCACCUGCGACAAGCGCUUCUCCAGCCCCGGCAAGCUCAGCCAGCACGUCCUCUCCCACACCGGCGAGCUCCCCUUUUCCUGCGACCUCUGCGAUAAGCGAUUUAACUCUAAAUUCAAACUCGUCCGACAUAAUCUCAUCCACAGCGAGGCCCGAGCUUUUGCGUGCAACGUCUGCGGCAAAACAUUCAAUAGAAAAGAUCAUCUCACUAACCAUGUCAGAGUUCACAAUCCUGUCAAAAAGCUAUACACAUGUGAGAGGCCAGAUUGUAGGAAAUCAUACACUUCCCUACUUAGUUAUAGGAAGCAUGCGGCGCUGCAUUCGGCUGAGGAAGGCAACCUGCAGUGUAAGAUCUGUGAUGAAGUAUUUACUACUACGCAAGAUAUAGUUUAUCACCUAAAAGUCCAUACAGGUAGUCGGACAGUCAAAAAUGAGACUGACAAAAAAUUUACUUGCACCUAUUGCGAGCGACGGUUCUUUACAGCGAAGGAUGUGCGACGCCACCAAGUUGUGCACACUGGCCGGAGAGACUUCCUGUGCCCACACUGUCCUCAAAAAUUCGGCCGAAAAGAUCAUCUAGUAAGACACGUUAAAAACGCUCAUCCAGAAGAAUCAUGGAGAUCCGCAGCUGUUGGCACCUCGAAGGACCCUACACCAGAAGCCUCUUCCUUUGAUGAAAUUGUGAUACCCGAGCCAACAUCCUUUACCGAGUAUGCAAUAGAAAGUCCAGAUUACGCUUGGAAAUCACCCUCACCAAAAGUCCCAACCCCCGAGGGCCCGACCAGGGUGCCCUCGUCUGAUAUCAUCGUGGAGAUUCCGCCAGAUUUUGAUAUAAAGUUGGAGCCGGUGGAAAUAAAGUUAGAGAGGCCCACGUCGCCCAGCUGUGAGCUUUUGCCGAUGGACUUCCCGGUGGUGUUUAUGGUGCCGCCGACGUUCCAGACCGCGCCAGACUUGCCGUACCUCACGGAGCCGCUGCCCGAGCUACUGCCCAGCAGUUUGAUGCUCGAUGAUCCCGGGGAAGGACCGUCGGGCCUGGCGUCGCAGAUGCUGAGUAUUCUGCCUGAGGAGGAGCCUCGGGAAGAACCGGGUCAGCAGCGGCAGAGGCUGCCAGCCUUCACGCAGGCGUUCCAGACCUCGCAGAGUCCCAAGCCGCCGCCGCCGCCCCCUCCGCCCCACUAGCAUUUAUGCUACCUCAUUAGGUAAGUGGUCUAGCUAUAGAGUAUGGAAAUGUCCUCUCCGCGUGAGACAGGUAUGGGACCGGUUAUUGCCAAAAUAGUAUAUUUGUACGUGUCGGGUAUACCAAAAUGUUUCCGAAUUCUACAUGAAUAAGUGGUCUAGUCGUGUAUGUACUUUCGGAAUUGUAUAUUGUUUAUUUAUAGCGUAUACAUGUGGCGUUAUGGAGUAUUAUGGGACCAACUCUGAGCUAGGGUGCAGUAGAGUAGUUCUCGAGGGCCUUUGAUCAGGUGGCCGAGUUGAUACUGAGCUAAUUUUGGUGAAACAAGUUGUUGAAUCUCUAGGAGCAUUCAGGGUACACACAAUUAACCAUAACAUGCAAUAUGAGCGCAGCUGAUGCUAUAUUUUCAAGUAAAAUUGUUUAAGACAAUUGUGGACAGCUCCUCCAUACAAACAUAAACUAGGGAUGGAAAUGGGAACUACGUUUUUAUGGAGUUAGUGCUACCACAGACGAUGGGUAGGUCCAACAGGUGCGUGAGAUUUGGCGAACACGAUGCAGUUCGCGAAUUGAUUCGCAUAUGGCGCGCUAGCCGCAUAUUCGCCUGGCUUGGACGCACCUUACGAACAGGUUGUAUGUAAUUUGUUUGUGCUUAAAAAUCACCACUUUUAAAGUUUUUACGAACAAUAGAAAUGCUACUUAGUUUAUUUUAAUGGUUUAAAUUACAUUGAAACUAAAUGUUCAUUGUAAUGUACUUUGGGCACUUUUAUAGGAAUACUUUGCGUGUUGUUCAAAUGCUAUGUUCUGCUUCUGACUGCACUUGUCGCGUCGUUUUGAAUAAAUAUAUAAAGCACGAAAUACACUAUUUCUCAAUUAUUUUUGCAAUUUAUUGGAAUAUCUGCGCCAUUUGUUACGACUACUGAUUUGUACCGGAGACCCAGGGGUUCAACAACUCGUAUAAAGGCGGCAUGCUAUACAAUAUGUUUUAGAGGUGCGUGUCGUCUUUAGAAAAAAUUAUAUCAAAGCUAGUAUCUAUUUAUAAAUGAUUAACUGCUGGAGUGGCAUUACAUCAGAUCUGUUAAGGUAAAGAAAUAGUCUUUCUUAAGUAUAGUGUUCAAAAAACAUUUGUAAUAUUCAGUUCCACUUGAAAGCAUGAGACACUGGAUGCAAUAAAAAAAAUCAUAAAUACCUCAGAAGCGGCUGCUUCCUUAGAAUUAAGACUUAUUUUAAUUGGUUCUGAAAUUCAGCUACCUAUUUGGCAGGUGAGUUUUCGGGCGAUAGAAAUUCAUUGAAAUGAUGAAUAUUAUUACAUUGAUUGAUGGUAUGACGGUAAUUACAAAGUAGUAAAAAACAUUUUAAAACCAUCAAAAAACCAAUAAGUAUCAUACAAAUUCUAAAUACCUACCUAGUUUUGUUAUAAUCAGUUUCUUUCGCUCGGAGCUUCCUAGCUUACUAGCGUUUAUCCGCAAAAACGUUUUUUCCGCACAACUUCGUUGCGAAUAAAGAUUCACAAGAUUAAUUUGCGAAUAAAGGCUUCUACAGACCUUGCAACGAAUGACAUGCGAUUUUCGAUAAUUGCUGGUUAAGUAAGAGCAACGAAUUCAAUCGAUCGAUCAAACGCCGCAAUGUAUUGCAAAUCGCAUGCGAUUAUCGGUGACGUUUGGAGAGGCCAUAAGUCGGAUGCAAAGCUAGUAUGCAGAUUAAUCCGAAUAGAUGUUUCCCGCAUAUUUUGGAUAGGAAUGCCACCUUUGGCAAGCAAAUAUUACAGCAUAACAUUCUCAUACAACAAAUGUGCCAAAAAAUAUAGAAUCAAGAAUGUUCUGGAAUGGUUGAUCGUGUUCUUUAUUUUUUUCAUGUGAUGCUGUGAUAUCCCUGUCAUAUUAAAUAACAAUGACAAUAAGUAUGAAUGUUCUCUCGAAAAAUAUGUAAUCGGGGAUUUUUUGCUAAUAUUCUUUCAAUAAUUCUAUUGCAAAACUGCCGUUGCAAAUUGUCUUGGCAUGUGUUUUAGGAUUAUAAGCCAAAUUACAUAAUAUACAAUGACUCGAGCGUGUCAGAUUUAAGUAGGGAAAUUAUAACUUGGAUUUCGAGGAAAGGUGUGUCGUCCACACCAGCAAGUUAACGAAUGACCAGUAACGAGUUCGCACAAACGUCAGGCGUCCGUUAGUCGUUCGUUCGCUCGGUAUGGACGCGGCUGAAUAUUAGAAAUUGUACUGGAUCAUAAAUUACAUUUUCAAUUGCGGACGAUGGUGAAAUCAUAAUUUAACAUGUUUUUCGAACGAAUCGAGCAAUUUCGAUCGAUGGAUGUUUGAUGACGUCCAAAAAUGUAUUAACCACGAGUGCAUAGAUAUAUGCCACCAGCUUUUCGCUGUAAAAAAAUUACAGUGGGGAAGUCGGACUAUCCUCAAACACAGGCAUUCUCAAAGAUUCGGGAAGCAGUCGUUUUGUAAAAAUAUGCUUCGCCAAUUCUUAGGAUUGAUUGACCAAGCGAACCCUUUAGUCUAUCAUUUAUUUAACACUGGCUUUUGCCCGCAAUUUCGUCUGCGUUGAAUGAUGAUGAUGAUUGAUAAAAAAUAUCGUUUAUCCUUUCCUCCUGACUUAAGCUAUCUCCAUACUAAAUUUCAUCUAAAUCGGUUCAGCGGUUUAAGCCUGAAGAGGCCAAAUACAGAGUUUCGCAUUUAUAAUAGGCAUUUGAAAUUAAUUACAUUGUUUGUUGUUGUUGUUGUUGAUUAUGAUUACAUUCUUCCUUGAAUUUUCAGUGAAACUUUCAAAAAGCUAAUCUAACUUAAAAAUGGGGAAUUUAAUUAUUCAAAAAUAUUAAUAGCUUGGACAAUGUAACUAUAGAGUAUAGAAUUUCUAUUCAUGUUUGCGUUUUCAUUGCUUUUCUGACUAUCGUGUGGCAAGAGAUAAUUUUCAAAUAAAAUCACUAUCAAACUAUUAAUCCUGAAAUCAUAUGCGAUUGACGUCAUCAAAUAUCACAGCGAUCGUGUUACCUGAAUCUAUAGGCGCAUAUUUCUAAAUUUUUUUGUAUUACGGAAUGUGUCUUUUAUCAGCAAGAUUUCAUUUCCCGUUGCAUUUUGUUUUAGAUGUGUAAAUUUUUUAAAGAUAACUUUGCAAAAAAAAAAAACAGUAACUCGUAUAUUAGGUAACCAUUGAAUUAUGAUCCAUGUAUGUCUAGGAAGGAAAAAUGGCGAGAUCCAAGUUUUACACGCUUCGUAAAUAUAGAUAUAUGUAAAUAAUUCAAUCUUUCUAGGUUAAUAGGACUGUAAAAAAUUUGGUCAGGGCGUCCGCCGCACCGCUUAGCGCUGACAAGUUAGCGCGUCACUGUUUAGCUGCUGAUAAUUCGUUCAGUUUUCAAAUAACUACCUAAAAAUUGGAGCACCAUGUAACUAACUGAUUAACGUUAAGAAUGGCACUGAUAUCUACUGAUGUGCUUUCGGACCUUUCUAAAAUUGCCAAUCGUCCACAUGGUAAAAUUUCGGAUACUUGUCCUAUUUUUGUAUGCCUUUUGUAUAUAAGGCUACCCCAAGACAACAUUUUAAUCGCGGCCAAAAUAAUACAGAUGGGAUCAGAGUACCUAACUUUUAUUCAUUAAAAUUACAGAGAUUUAGUACCAAGCGGACGCCCUGUUAAUCUACCUCAAAGCAAACUUAUAAUUACGUCUAGAUUUUAAUUGACUACGUUAGGUUAGUGAGAGUUAGGUUUUCUAUUUCUGAAGCGACCAUACCGAUGGUACAGGUGACGUAAUGUACGCUAUUAAUUGUAAUGUAAGUGUGUGCUGCAAUGUCAGAAAUCUUUAUUGAUAUAUCCUUUAAUAUGUAUGAUUAUAUACUUCGCUUUAUCUUUAUUGUUAAUUUGGGAUUUUUACUAUUGAAAUGGCCUCUUUUUGUACCAUAAUAAAUAAUAAAACAAGGCCCGGAAACCGGUAAAAUUUUCAAACCGUUAUCAUGUACUUGGCUUGGCGCAAAACCUUUUAAUUUCGGUUUCGUUCGUAAAACCGUUAUUUGUAAACCAGUUUUUAGGAGAACAUUUCUAUAAAUUUCUUAUUAUAUUAACCGGUUUAGAACCGGUAUGUCGGUGUCAUUGUUUACGCGGCACACCACUGGGCCGGCCGGCCAUCUCCUCGCUCGUCGAAUAAACCGGUUUAUUUAUGUUACAAUAAAGUUCUUAAUACGUUAGCGUUCUUAAUGUGAAAGUUCGGAGUAAAACCGAAAUAAACCAGUAAUACCAGUAUUUACAGCUAUUUUUAAAACCGGUUCCGAGCCAUGAAUUUUACACGCAUGUCAUACGUCUGAAAAUUUUAAUAUGUAGUUAAUAAAGUUCUACAAAUGUAUAUCCGUUUUCAUAGCUCUUAAAUGUAUUAUAUACAUUUUAGAAUAACAGGUACUUGAGUUCCAUUUCAAUGGUCUAAAUUCCGUUAUUCAAAUUAUCAAUAUUCUUGGCAUCAAAAAGUCCAGGUUCAAAUCACCCUCAUUAAAAGAUCGCGGACUAAAAAACACAAAUAUAUCUAAAAAUAAUAAAAUAUAUAAGUUAGGCCUUAAAAUUGCGCAUUUCGUUACAUUUUGGAAGUUAGAAAUACAUACAUCUCUAGAUAAAGAUAUCAGAAAAGAUUUCCCUCAAAAUAUUCUACGAGUACAAUGUUCCAUAAUAGUUAUUAUUAGAGAAUAUGUCGCAUUGUAUUUGAUAAGCUGGAUAGCCACCGAAUGAUCCGGUCAAAAUUCGCAGUUAGUGUUUUAAAAUAUGCCAGAGUAGUGGCAAUAAAUUGCUAAAAUGUACGUUAAAAAAGUAGCCAGGCAAUUAUGGGUAGGCUUUAAAAGUUGCUAAUUUGAUCCGAUCAGAACGCUCUGAUGGUUCGGUGGCUAUCCAGCCAUGGAUGUUUUGAUAAUUCCUGCGAGGGUAGACCGCGCACACACUAUUAUAUUAUGUUAUGUGUUCACGUGUGCCGCGGUCUUCCUUGGCCCUAGUCAUGUUCAAUAGCAGCACAUAAAUUAUUCUCAAAUAGGCAGUUACACCAAGUGAUAUUUACCAAUCCACAAGGGGUUUUCAGAUUGGUCAUAUACAAUGUACAUUAUUACAGUUCAUUUGAAACAAAUUAGUCCCAAAAAAGUGUCAGGUACGUGACGCUAUUUUUAGGGUUCCGUACCCAGAGGGUAAAAGCGGGACCCUUUUACUAAGACUCCACUGUCCGUCUGGCUGUCUGUCUGUCACCAGGCUGUAUCUCAUGAUAGCUAGAACUUUCACAGAUGAUGUAUUUCUGUUGCCACUAUAACAGCAAAUACUAAAAACAGAAUACAAUAAAUAUUUAAGUGGGGCUCCCAUACAACAAACAUGAUUUUUUUGCCGUAUUUUGCGUAAUGGUACGGAACCCUUC